CAAAUCUUGUAAUAUCCCGGCAAGGAUUCAUCGUACUUGUUGAAGUUGUUUGUUAUAUUUUUAUUAAUUUAAUGACAUUUCAAAAUGAAUAGUGAACAAUUGCUGAAUUUCUUUGAUCGAAACGAAAUUUAUUCGAAAAAAUUAAUUAAAUUUGUAAAAUUGGAUAAAUUAAAUGACACUCAUUAUAAGAAUAUUAUUCAGAUAUUAGGAGAGUUCCUGUUAAAUCCAAAUUACACAAAAGAUGUUGCAGAUUGUUUUCCGAAUUUAUUACCGGUUCUCAUAACUUCAGCUAUUCUCUCGAAAAACACGUUGUUUUCUGAUUUUGGUGAAGAUUUUUAUCAUAAAAUAAAUUGUGUUGUUCUUGCCAAGCUUGUUAAUAUAAAUCCCGAUUUACUUAUAUACGUUUUACAAUAUUUUAAUCAUCAUCCUGCACCAUUCGAGUUGCAAUUAAUUACACCAAAUAAGAAAUCGAAGUCUUUCGAUAUCACGGAAAUUGAAUUCAAUAUAACGGAUUACGAUAUCGUAUUAGCUAGUUAUCAAAUUUUAUCAGCAUCUAUAGCAGAUUUUAAAUACAAGUGGAAUUGGUCAAAAUUUUACAAGUAUUUGAAUCACGAAGAAGAUAAAGUGAAAUGGAUUGCUUUAAAAUGCAUCAGUAUAAUCUUGAGUAUGGCCGAAAGCGUUCGUUUAUCUUACGCAAGAAAACUAAUCGGUGAUAUAAAACCAUUUCUUACUGAACAUGAAGAAAGCUAUUUGGAACCAUUCGCUUUAGAAAAUUCAUCAAAUAAUUUAGAUAAAAUGAACGAUUUAUUUGAAAGUCUACCAUAUGUAAAAUUAGCUGGUAACGUUUUGUUGCCGGUAUUUAAUUCCAAUAAAGUAGAGACCGAUCAUGCUUUUGUAUUAACGGACACUGUAAAUCAAAAUUUACAGAAUUUGGCUGUGGCACUUUCAUCUAGAAAGUGUAUUUGUUUACAAGGUCUCGUUGGUUGUGGUAAAACAACUCUAGUUGAAUAUUUGGCACGAAUCACAGGACAUGAUUCAUCGAAUUUUUUUAAAGUACAAUUAAGUGAACAAACUGAUUCUAAAAUGUUAUUAGGAAUGUACAAAUGUACUGAUAUUCCUGGUGAAUUUGUUUGGCAACCAGGUAUAUUAACUCAAGCAGUAAUUGAUGGUAAAUGGCUGCUUUUAGAAGAUAUUGAUAAUGCUGCGUUAGACGUCGCAAGCGUUUUAAAUAAUUUAUUAGAAACUGGAACACUUUCAGUACCUGGUUAUAGAGAUAAUAUUUAUGCUAAAAAUGGAUUUCAAUUAUUUGUUACACAAAGAUUGAUGCCAUCCACAACAGGAUUAAGAAAACAAACUUCAGGAGCAUCAACUUUGUUGCAGAAACAUUGGUUCUGUAUAGAUAUCCAAAGUUUUACAAUUAGUGAAUUACUCCAUUUGAUACCAUCUUUAUUUCCUGCAUUAGAAACCGUUUCAUCGAUAUUAGUUAACACUUACUUGAACUUUUCUAUGGAUAAUCACACUAAUACAAUAUCGAAUGUACGAUUUAAUACUGGAAGACUGAUAUCUACUCGAGAUCUCAUGAAAUGGUGUUCAAGAGCCAUCAUAGACUUCGAUGUUUCUUCACCUGAUUCAACUUUGAAAAUUUUUCAAAACGCUAUUGAUAUUUAUUGCUGUUGUAUCUCCAAUGCAGAACAAAGAUUAGAUGCGAUUAAAUUGAUCGCCUCUAUGCUUAAAAUAGUGCAUGAUAAAGCAGAAUAUUUCUUUCACAAACAUACACCUCUUAUCGACUUAAAUCCUGAUUCAUUUAUAGUUGGUAGAGCAAAAUUAUUACGUAAAAAGUCAGAGUACGUAAGAAUGACAGAGAUUAAAACUAAUUUUUCUUUUACCAGACCAACCGUCUGCUUACUUGAACGUAUUGCAUGUUGUGUCGUUCAGAAAGAACCAGUCUUAUUAGUAGGAGAAACUGGUACAGGAAAGACAACUGCUAUACAAUAUUUAGCACAAUGUACAGGUCAUAAAUUGAUUGUAAUUAAUAUGAAUCAACAAAGUGAAAGCGCUGAUCUUCUGGGAGGAUACAAACCGGUAGAAUUAAAGUUUUUGAUAUCACCAAUUAGAGAAGAAUUUUUAUUCCUAUUUCAAUCGUACUUUGCACUUAAACCAAAUGAGAAAUUUUUAAAACAUAUUGCAUCUUGUUAUAAACAAGAACAAUGGAAAACUCUUGUAAUUUUAAUGAGACAUAGUACUAACGCAGCUUUGAAACAAUUACAAAAACAAGAAUAUACCGUAACUGGAAAAAAUGAAAUUAAAAGGAAAAAGAAAGACGACGGUGAUAAAAUGAAUGAAAAUUACACAGAUUUGAGAAAGAGAUGGGAACAAUUGGGAGAAAAAUUAGAAAAAUUGGAGUUACAAGUAAAAGCUCAAUAUUCGUUAGUUUUUUCAUUCGUAGAAGGAAGUUUAAUAAAAGCUUUGAGAAAAGGACAUUGGGUAUUGUUGGAUGAAAUUAAUUUAGCAAAUGCUGAAACGUUGGAAUGUUUAUCAGGAUUAUUGGAAAAAUCAUCUGGAUCGUUGUCCUUAUUAGAACGUGGUGAUAACGAAUCUGUAGAAAGGCAUCCAGAUUUUACAAUAUUUGCUUGUAUGAAUCCAGCAACUGAUGUUGGUAAAAAGGAUUUACCAGUUGGAUUGAGAAAUAGAUUUACCGAAUUUUAUGUUGAUGAAUUAACUGAACGUUCUGAUUUACAAAAACUCGUUCAUUCGUAUCUUAAAGGUAUGACUUUGUCUGUAGAUGAAAAAGAAAAAAUUGUUAAAUUUUAUUUAAAAAUUAGAAAAGCAGCUGCCAAUACGUUACUUGAUGGAACUGGACACAAACCUCAUUAUAGUUUAAGAACAUUAUGUCGUGCAUUAAGCAUUGCUGCGUCAAAUCCUUGCGGAAAUGUUAAAAGAUCUUUGUACGAAGCUUUCUGUUUAAGUUUCUUGACACAGUUGAAUUACGAUUCUUAUCCAAUCGUACAAAAAAUGAUUGUUUCUGCUAUUUUGGGUGAGAAAAAUUAUAAAGCAGUAAUUGGGUGUCCUAUAUCUAAACCAAAAUGUGGAGACGAUGAAGAUUACAUAUGCUUUGAAGGAUAUUGGGUUGUUAAGGGUACUUUAGUUCCUAAUACACCAACUAAUUACAUUUUGACGGAAACUGUUAGACGAAAUUUGAAAGAUUUAGUACGAGUAGUGUCCAUUGGAAAAAUACCUGUUUUGUUACAAGGUGAUACGUCAGUAGGAAAAACUAGUUUAAUAACAUAUUUGGCUAAAGCUUCUGGCCAUAUUUGCGUUCGGAUUAAUAAUCACGAGCAUACUGAUUUACAAGAAUACAUUGGAAGUUACGUUGCUGAUGAAACAGGAAAAUUGGUAUUUAGAGAAGGUAUUUUGGUAGAAGCAAUGCGCAAAGGACAUUGGAUUAUAUUGGACGAAUUAAAUUUGGCACCAAGCGAUGUCUUAGAAGCAUUGAACAGAGUUCUCGACGACAAUAGAGAAUUGUUUAUCCCAACAACUCAGCAAGUUAUUAAGGCCCAUGAUAAUUUCAUGCUUUUUGCUACACAAAAUCCACCUGGAUUAUAUGGUGGUAGAAAGGUAUUGUCACGAGCAUUUAGAAAUAGAUUCGUUGAGUUACAUUUCGAUGAAAUUCCUCCCAAUGAAUUGCAAAUAAUAUUGCGCGAAAGAUGUCAAAUGCCUGAAUCUUAUUGCAAACAAGUGAUCAAUGUUAUGACAGAUUUACAAAUAAGACGUAAAAGUACAGCUGCGUUUGCUGGCAAACGAGGUUUUAUAACGUUACGUGAUCUAUUUCGAUGGGGCGAGCGAUAUAGAUUAGCACCAGAUAUGGGUAAUGAAUUGUACGAUUGGAGUCAACAUUUAGCUGACGAAGGAUAUUUAGUUCUUACUGCGAAAGUUCGUAAAACGGAAGAAGCAGAUGAGAUUAUAAAAGCCAUAAAGAAACAUUUAAAACGUGAUGUUCAUCCGGAUAAUUUGUUUUCUUUACACAACAAAACUUCACCAGUUACCAAACAUAUAUUGGAAGAACUUUUAAAUGCAAAUAAUGAACAUUUUAAUCAUAUUGUUUGGACUUAUCAUAUGCGUAGAAUGGCAGUGUUAGUUAAAAAAUCCUGUCAAUUUAAAGAACCAGUUUUAUUAGUCGGUGAAACUGGUUGUGGUAAAACUACCGUGUGCCAAUUAAUAGCUGCAUUGAAUGGGCAAACGUUAAGAAGUAUUAAUUGUCAUAUGCAUACGGAGUCCUCUGAUUUUCUUGGUAAUUUAAGACCAGUUAGAGAACACAACAAUUCUGAUAAUUCCAAACUUUUCGAAUGGGUCGAUGGUCCAUUAAUCAUUGCUAUGGAAAAAGGCGAUUUUUUCUUAGCCGAUGAAAUUUCUUUAGCCGAUGACAGUGUUUUGGAAAGAUUAAAUUCGUUACUUGAACCCGAACGUAGUUUAUUAUUGGCUGAAAAAGGAUUGAAAUUAACCGACGAUGAAGAUGACAGUAUUAUCGUAGCGGAUGAUAAAUUUGUAUUUAUUGGUACAAUGAAUCCUGGUGGAGAUUACGGUAAAAAAGAAUUGUCGCCGGCGCUCAGAAAUCGUUUUACAGAAAUUUGGUGCGAACCGUGCGUAGAAUUAAACGAUUUAAAUGACAUAAUAAUACACAAUCUUGAUGAUAAAUUAUUAUCUUACAAAGAAUCUAUCGCAAAAGCGAUAUUGAAUUUUAUUAAAUGGUUACCAACAACUGAUGUAGGAAAAAGAUUAGUUGUCAGUAUACGUGAUAUUUUAACAUGGGUACAUUUUAUAAAUACAUGCACGUGUAGCGAAAAUAUUAAAUUAAAUAUUGGUGAUGCGUAUUAUCAUGGUGCAUGUUUGACUUAUGUCGAUAGUCUUGGAUCAGGAUUAACGAGUUUAGAAAGAUCGACUAAUUUAAUGGACUUCAAAGCUACUACUUUUGACUACAUAAAACAUCAAAUAAAUAAUACAUUGCAUUCUGAAUUAUCAGAAGAAUUUGAUAACAAUACCAAUGUUUCUUUCAAUGAUGAAACUAAUAUGUUUGGUAUCUCACCAUUUUAUAUUACAAGAGGUCCUCAAGUCAUACACGAAGAUAUACAGUUCACAUUUUUACCAAAUACUACGAAAUCAAAUGCAUUGAAACUUUUAAGAGCAUUACAGUUGAAUAAACCAAUUUUAUUAGAAGGAAGUCCGGGUGUCGGAAAAACAAGUAUAGUUAGUGCACUGGCUAAAGCAUCGGGACACGCAUUACUUCGAAUUAACUUGAGUGACCAAACGGAUAUUUCUGAUUUGUUUGGUGCAGAUCUUCCUGUAGAAGGUGGUCAAGGGGGUGAAUUUUCAUGGAGAGAUGGACCAUUCUUACGAGCUUUGAAAGCUGGCGAUUGGAUUGUAUUAGACGAAUUAAAUUUAGCUUCUCAAUCUGUAUUGGAAGGUCUUAAUGCUUGUUUUGAUCAUCGAGGAGAAAUUUAUAUACCUGAACUUGGAAAAACAUUUUCGAUAAAGUCAGGUACCAGAUUAUUUGGGUGUCAAAAUCCAUUAAAACAAGGCGGUGCUAGAAGAGGUCUUCCUAAGUCAUUUUUAAAUAGAUUUAGCCAAGUGUUCAUUGAUUCUUUGACCGAAAGUGAUUUAAUGCUGAUUCUAAAUGUACAAUUCCCUGAAUUAUCUACUGAAUUAAUUCAUAAAAUGGUUACAUUUAACAGUAGAUUGGCAUCAGAAAUUGGUGUAAAUUGGGGCUUCAUUGGUUCACCAUGGGAAUUAAAUUUACGAGAUAUCAGUAGGUGGUGCGAAUUAACAGUCAAAGUAUCAAAAGAUUAUUUGAAUAAACAAGAAAUGUAUUAUAAUCCUGGAAAAACGGUGGAACUUAUUUACGUCAGUCGAAUGCGUACACAAAUAGAUAAAGAAAAAGUUCGUAAAACAUAUGAAGAACAUUUCCCGAUAGAAAAAUAUCCACUUCCACCAUUGGAACCUUCUGUAUACAUUUCAGAAGAUACAUUUUAUGUAGAUGAUGUAAUAAUACCUUUAUCACCAACCACAAUUUAUAGUAAUUCUAAUUUAUUAGUGUUGAGGGAUCAAUGGACGACUUUAAAACAAUUAAUUCAGUGCGUUCAAAUGAAUUGGAUGUCUAUACUUGUUGGUUCAUCAGGAUGUGGAAAGAGUAGUGUAGUUCGAUUGCUAGCUAACUUAAUAGGACAAAAGCUGAAGUGCAUUGUAGUUAAUUCAGCGAUGGAUACAACAGAAAUUUUGGGAAGUUUUGAACAGAUCGAUUACAGUCGACAUUUGGAAGAAUUAUUGGAAAGAACGGAAGAUUUACUUUUGGAAAGUUUGAAGAAUAAAAUACACAAUGGAGACUUGGAACAACUUGACAAUUAUCAUGCUCUAUUAGAAAAUGUGAAACAUAUUUCAAACGAUGAUGGUGAUAAUAUAAGAACAAUGGCAUCGGAAACUAAACUAUUUUUGCAAAAAAUCAACGAAUUGUCCAAACUAGUUUUAAAAAUAAAAACUUUCGAACCAUCUUACGAGUUUAUCUUAGAAGAAAUCGAAACUAAGUUGAAAACAUUGUCAACAUCCGUAGAACAAGAUAAAUGUUUAAAUGCUGGUGGAAAGUUUGAAUGGGUUGACAGCGUAUUGGUCAAAUGUCUUCGUGAUGGAACGUGGCUUUUGAUUGAUCAAGUAAAUCAGUGCAGUCCAGCAGUAUUAGAUCGUUUAAAUGGAUUAUUAGAACCAAAUGGUGUACUAACCAUUGGUGAAAGAGGAGUGGAUAAUCAAGGAAAUGUGGUUACCAUUAAGCCACAUAAAAAUUUCCGAUUAUUUUUAACGAUGGACCCUCAUUACGGAGAAAUUUCCAGAGCAAUGCGUAAUCGUGGCGUUGAAAUAUACAUGCUUGGUUCUAAAGAAAAUUUUAAUUACAAUGACAGAGAUUUGAAAUCAAUGUUGUAUCAUUCUGGAAUAACCAAUCGUUUUAAUCAAAAAGCUUUACAUGGAUUAUUUAAAUUAAUAGUUGAAACAAACUAUUUUGCCGAUUCUUGCAAUAUACAUGAUCUAAUGCAUUCAGCAUUUCUGUCGGCUCGACGAUUUACACGUGGUUUUGAUCCAAUUUCAGCAAUAAAAACUGUUUGCCAGGAUGUAUACAUCAAAAACAAAUCCCUACAGUUUUCAGUAACGCAGGAACAAAUAUUCGAAUUAAUCAAUGAUUUUAUUGAUAUUUUAAUGAAACAGAAUACCAAUGAUAAUUACGUUGAUGUAGAUGCACUCACAUGGAGUAUUAAAAAUUUACAAGAAAAUUCUAAACUUACCAUUAUCAGACAGGAAGGUGAAUUUUUAAGAUCGGCGAUUAAUAUCUACGCUAAUCAUUCACUUGAAAGUAAUUUAAAAAAGAUAACAUCGGUUUAUUGGAACGAUAUUCUCGAUAUGGAAUCCAUGAAUGAAAUUUUGCAGAAUUUAAAUGAAAUUAAACUCGACAAUAUUUUACCACAUUUAUUGAUUAAUUUUUAUGAAAGAUCUACAUUAGCCGAUGUUGAGAUCAGAAGUUUGUGGUAUGAGAAGUUACCUGAUAAUAAUGAUACUUUAAAGGAUCUCGCAAAAAAGAGCAAAUUAUUAGCGAGUGAAGUUUCGUCAUUUGACUUUCAUAUUCCUAAUAGGGAAUUACCUUGGGAUCUUGGAUAUUUACCUGUAUUUGCAGCUAACUAUGCGAACAAUGAAAUAAUGAACGAUGCAAAUAAACUAUCUUUACUUUUAUAUCUGCAAACUAUGAUUAUUAUAGAUGAUACGAUCUUGGAUGCAAAUUUGUUGACUAAGAAAAACAAAACAAUAUCUAUUAAGGAAUACUCCAAUGCAAUAUUUCACAAUAAACUUACAUCGAAAUUCAAAAAUCAACCACUUAUUAUAAAUUAUGUAAAAUUGGUUUAUCGUAUAAACGUAUGCAUUUGUUCUUUACUACGAGACAAAGGUUUAUUAAUAAAUAACGAAAUGUACAUAGAAAUUAGAGAAGGUUUAAAAUAUUUGAACAGAUUCGUAGAAUUGGGAAAUAAUAUUAUAAUAGAUAAAUCAAAUAGUAAUAAUAUCAAUUUGAACAAAAUAGUUUUGCUAUUGAAAGUACAUUACAGAUGGUUGAUUAAAUUUAUAUUUAAAAUAUAUGGAAUUUGUCAAGAUCAUUCCAUGCUAUCUCAAGACACGAUUAAUAACAAAGACAUUUUAUUAACUAUGGUCAGUGAGAUCAAUGAUUUAUUAUGUGAAAUUAAACUUGAUCCAUUUAGAAAAAUAACAAAACUGAUUAAGAAACGAUUGAUAUUACCAUUACCAUAUAAUUCUGAAGAAUUAUUGAAAAAUCACGAACAAAUGAGAGAAAUAUUAAGAAACUUUUUACCAUGCAAUAAUGGUAUUAAUAAUCACCAGUUAAAGAAACAACUUAAAAUUUGGUUUAUUCGAACUAACGAAGCAAUUUCAAUCCGUAAACAAAUGAUAUUGUUAUGGACGCAAAUGUAUUUAAAAUUAGAUUUGUACGAAUCUAUUUCAAAUGAAAUAAUGUCAAUGAAAAGCUUUUGUUAUUUGGAUUUUUUCAAUUUGCACACAGAUAAAGAAUUAACCAAAGCUUUACAAAACGUCAAUGCUAUUGAUCAAGAAGAUUUAAACUCGAUUGCCUUCAAUAUACAAAUGUGGCCUAUUUAUGAAUACUUGUUUUUAUUAUUAGCACAUACUUCUUAUAAAAAGAUUUGUGAAAAUAAGAUAAACCAUGAAAUUAAUUUAGAAAAUAAUUUUCAAAUUGAAUACAGUUGGUUAAAACAUUUUGUUGAAGUACCCAGCAUACCUGCUAAUUUGAUUGCGAUAAUAUCUAUGAUUCAUACGAAAAAAAUUAACUCGUAUGAACAAAUGACAUUAAUUUUUGAAUUAUGCGUCUUCUUAUUUCAAUUUUCUCAAAACAGUUAUGCCGUGAAAGAUUCUAAAAUGCUUUUACAUUUGAAAGGAAUAAGUGAAGACGAUAUAGAAAGUUCUGUUAUUUCUUACGAAGUAUCUGAGGCACCUAAAUACACGAGUGGAGCUGUAUUGAUGAAUUUAAUAUUCAAAUUAAUAUUACAAAAAACAGAACAACAACAGAAGGAAGAUAAAAUUCUUGCUGCAACCACGUUAGGCACAUAUACCAUUCGUACUAAACAAUUACAAAAUUUAACUCAUAUUUUAUGGUAUAAUGGUGUCACGCUAACAUCAACGAAUUACGAAAUUGCCACAAAUGAUUUUGCAGUAAUGAAAUUUUAUUUAAAUUUAUAUGUGUCUGCUAUUGACGAUAUGUAUGCCGAAAAUGAUAUAGAUAAACUUAUUAUUUCUGCAAUUGAAAAGAAAGGACAACAUAAACGACAAGAAAUAGAAAACGUGUAUACAAAUGAAUAUUUGAAACCGAUAGAAGAAUUACGUGAAAUAGAAAAGAAAUUUACAAAUGAAAAUACAGAUAAUGAUAUUGUUGAAAGAGGAAAAACUUGGAUGUUAAUUGGUUAUUUGGAACUUCUAAUAUUUGGAAAUUUGGGUUACAUUGAUCCUGUGCAUAAGAUUAAUUUGAAACUAAAAUAUUUGGAAGAAGAAAUUCAAGAUAUUUAUGCAACAGUUUAUGUAAAUGCAUUGCAGACUUCUAUCGUAAAAAGAGAAUUUAAUUAUGAGAAUGCUCCUCCUCGAUAUUCAAUAAUGAUGAAAUAUUUAACAAAGAUAUUAACAGAAAAAGACAAGUUGAAAUUAUCAGAAGCAUUCCGACCGGCUUCGGCAGAUUUUACAAUGCUGAAUAACGAUGUUAUUAACUUCAGAAAUAUGAUAACAUCUUAUGAAUUAGUUUACAAACAUAUUAAUCGUUUAACAUUUGUUAUAAAUAAGAUCAAUGAAAAACCAUCUAAAAAAUUUAUCAAAAUUGCUGAAGAUUCGUUAAGAGAAGCACAAAUGUGGUAUCAAUCGGUUAAACGUUUUGCAGAACAAAUAGAAACGAAAUAUUACUCUGUUUAUUCUGACAUAGUUCUUCCUAUACUUGUAGCAUUGGUACAUUUAAAGCAAGGAGUAUCUCUUUUAAUGAAUGAAACAGAAAAAUUAAUAUCUUCUGUUAAAAUAGAUUCCAAUGAAGGUAAUUUAGAAACAUUGAUCUAUAACAUGAUUCGUUAUCCAACUAUAGGAACAGGACAAAAUAAUUUAUUACAUUUAAUUUCUACGUGUACCUCAAAUUAUACUAAAUUUAUGAUUAAUAAAAGCUUGCUGCCUCUGGUAGAUACUUCAGUUUCCGUGAAAGAACAAUUUCGAAUUGUUAAAUGUGGUUUAUAUGAAUUAUUUAAUUACAUUGUAUUAAACAGAAAUUUAUCUAAGAAAAAUUGGGAAUUGUUGAACGAGUUAUUACAACAACUAGUAAUAAUAUGGAAACAACAGCAAGAGGAAAGCGAGAAGAAAGCAGCCGAAAAAGAAAGUCUUUACAAAAAUAAAUCAACUGAGACGAAUGAUCUUACUGUCGAACUUCAAAAUAUGUUUCCAACUUACCGAGAGAACGACUUCAUUGAUAUUGAAAAUGCUACAAAUGCUACUUUGGAACAAAAUGUUGCACCCAAAGAAUUACAAGAAUCUUACAGCAACAUCAUUUCACGAGACGAUAUUAAAGAAAUUCAACAAAUUCAUUCAAUCAUCGUUACAUCUUUUGUCAAAUGUGAAUGGAUCUAUCCUGAAAAUGAUAACGUUGAACCAAACUACAUUCGUCCUUUAUUAGAACGAUAUGAAACAGCAGAUAUGUUGUUAAAAAGUAUAAAAUACAAUUUGAAUGAAAAAUUUACCUCAAAAUUGUACAACAGUUUACAAAUGUUAGUCUCACAAUCAUUACAAACUACUGAAGAUGAAAGUGUUCAAGAAACGAUGCACAAUAUGAUCAAAACUCAUCAAAAACCUUAUGAUUUCUAUAAAGAUUCUAACAUUCAACAAGUGAAACAAUGUUUGCCAUUGUGUAAUAGUAUUUUAAUGAAAAUCAAUAAUUUCUUAGAAAUGUGGUCUGAACAUCCUGUUUUGCAAUUGAUUAAGAUUAUAAUAGAAAGAAUUUAUAGUUUUCCUGUAACAUCUUCCGUUGGACGAUUUUUAACGGGAUUAGAAUUGCUAUUGGCAAAAUUAAAUAAAUGGGAAGAACAAGCUUCUGCUGAUUAUAGUCUGAUGAAUGAAAUAUUGUUAUUGCAACGACAAAUCAUUGAUUGGAGAAAACUCGAAUUAGCUUGUUGGAACAGUUGUCUCGAUACCACUUUCAAUAAUAUGAGAUCACAAACAUCAAAAUGGUGGUUUUAUCUGUAUACACUGAUCGAGAGUUAUAUGUUUAAAUCUACAUCUACAACGACAGCAAAUAUCAUUAAGGAAAAUGAAUCUAUCAGUAAAGAAAAAUUAAUAGAAUUAUUAGAACGAUUUAUCAACGAGUCAUCUCUUGCUGAAUUUGAAACAAGACUUAUUUUAUUAUUAACUUUCCACUGUCACGUUCUUUACUUUAAUCCUUCGGUAGAGAAAGAAGAUCUUUUAGCAAUAUUGUGGAACAUUUAUCAUUAUUACAAACAAUUUAUAACUGAUGUUAAUAUCAAAAUUCAAUCGCUAAAAGCACCCAUUGAAAAGAAAUUGAAAGAUUUCGUUAAAAUUGUACGUUGGAAUGAUAUCACUUAUUGGUCAAUUAAAGAAACCGUUGACAAAACACACAGAACAUUACAUAAAUUUGUUAAAGAAUACGAAAAUAGUUUAAAGCAAAGUGUUCUUUCGUGUUUAACUGUAACAGCUAAAAACAGUAACGCGGAUUUAGAAAAUAAUUUAAAAACCGAUAACGCUCAAAAAGAAUACGUAAUCAAUCCGAAUGAUUUCGUCCUACCUGAGACUACAAUUAAAGAUAUCAGCAUUCAGGAUGUAAAAUAUAAAUUCGAAUCGAAAAAUGUUAGCUCUCGGAACGUGAAAAACGAAUUUGUUUCGAGUGGUGAGAAACUUUUGAACAAAACUAAACGUUACUGCAAAGAAAUCAUUUUAACGAGUUCAUAUCCUACAAUUCGAAUGGACGUUGAGAAUUUUAUACAAGAUUACAUAGAACAGAGUAUCCAUUUGAAGAAUUUAGAGAUUGAUAAAUCGUUACCAAAAAAUAAACAAAAAUCACAAGCAAAGAGUAUUUUGCAACAGAAGAAAAUGACUUUAACUGAUUAUUUCAAAGCUUUGAAUUUAAUGGGUGUAUCCUACCGUAUCGGUAUAUUAACUUGGAAAAAUAAUCUUAGUAAAAUUAUUGAUUUUACGAUACCACCCUUAGAUAUUUCUGUCGUAAACAAAUAUUUCAAACUGUCCAAGGUAGAUAAACAAAUGCUUAUACAAUGGACAGGUUGCGAUAAAUAUUAUUACAAAUCAAUUAUUAAAUUAAAUGCACUUAAUGCGAUAUUAAGAACAGCACAAACCGAUCUGGGCAUACAGAACAUAGAACGUUGUCGUGGUUAUUCGAGUCAUAUGAUGUUAAUGGCUAAUAAACAAAGAUUAAUUCUAAGUAAAUUAUUUGUUAAUUAUAAGCCUCUUAGAACGCUUGUUGAAAAUUUAUCAGAAAUCGAUAACGUUUACAUCGAUAUUUCUCAAGAAUUCAAAAACAAUAUUGAAAUAAUUAAAGAAUUAAUGGUCAAUUUGGAACUCAGUUUUGAACAACUUUUGUUAUACAUGCAAUAUUGUCCAAAUAAUUUAUCAGAGGAAAACAAAAUUAACAUAUUAAUUUUAGAAAAAACUACAUUGCCAGUAUUUGAUUCUUCCAACAAUAUUCAGGAUGAUACAAAAACUAAAUUGAAAGAAAAUUUAAAAUUCAUAAGAGCAAUUUCAAAAACUUUUAACACAGUGUUUGUUUCUACGAAAAUAGAAAAUAUGAUAAAUGAUAAUACUUUUGACUUAUAUCAUUUGCAAAUUUUGGAAGAUACUUUCAAACAUAUUACAACGUUAAAAAUGGAAACAACUGCAUUGUAUUCAGCUUUUAUUUCUGAGAAUGAUAAACAUCCUAUUGUAGAAAGUAUAGAAUUUUUACAAACACAAAUUGAAAAUAGCAUUGAUACAUUCAACGAAUUAAGAAAAUUGCCGAUUAAUAAAAACGUAGAUUUAUCUUCAAAUGAUACAGAAUGUAUUAAAAAGUGUAUAGAUAAUCUAGUCAAAAAUAUUUUACUUGUCGUACAAAAGAAAUACAAAGCCAAUACGAUUGAGAACAAUGCACCAAUUUUAAACAAUGAUGAUGAUAAUGUCAACGAUAAAAACGAUGACGAUGAAUUCGAAAAGAAUAAAUUGACAGAAAAAUUAAUAGAAGAUUUAGAAAAGAAUAUAGAAGAAUUAAACAUUUCUCACAUAUCUGCAUUGUUCAACAAUCUUUUGUUCAAAAUAGGUGGAAAUCAAGAUCAUAAGAGGCUACUCUUGCAAUGUCUCCCAUUAAUGGAACAAUAUCUUUUAUUGAUACAGUUUUAUUUAAAUGAACAAGUUGCAUCUUUCCGAGUUACGUGUAAAUUAUUGUAUUUGCAAUUGAAUGUGUUUUUGGAUUUAGCAACAAAUGGAUUCUGUGUUCCCAAAGAUUUGGAUUUAGAAGAGGGUGAAACAGAUGAAACAGGAAAUGAUGUUAAAACAGGUGGAAUGGGUUUGGGUGAAGGAGAAGGACAAAAAGAUGUUUCCGAUAGGAUUGAAACUGAAGAUCAAUUAGAAGAUGCAAAACGACCUGACGAAGAAGAAGAAAAAUCAGAAGAUAAAGAUUGUAAAGAAGAAGAUAACGGAAUUGAAAUGUCUGAAAACUUUGAUAACAAGUUGCAAGAUAUUGAGAAAGAUGAAAAUGAAGAGGAAGAGGAAGAGAAAGAUGAUGAGAAAGAUGAAGAUUUGGAUAAAGAAAUGGGUGAAACAGAGGAAGGUGCUGAAAAACUGGAUAAAGAAAUUUGGGGCGAUGAUGAGGAGGAGGAAUCUGAAAAUGAGAAUAACGAGCCUAAAGAUGGUGAAGAUGAACGAGGACAAGGCGAAGAGAUUGGUAAUAAAGAACUCACUGCAAAGGAUGGUUCCGACAAAAAUGAUCAAAAUAAUGAAAAAGAACACGAUGAAGAUGAGCGACAUGAGGAAGAGAAGAAAGAAAUCAAUGAAAUAAAUGAACCGGAAUAUAACGAUGAUCAAAUCGAUCCUUAUCAUGGUAAAAAUCAACCACAGCCAGAACCUGAACCAUUGGAUUUACCGGAAGACAUGAAUUUGGAUGAAGACGAUAAUGAAAAAGAAGACAAUAAUCCUGGUGAUGAAAAUCCAUUUGACAUAGACGAAAUGAAAGAUUCUAAACCACCACCAGAAAUUGAAGAUACAGAAGAAACAAAAGAAACAACUGAAGAAACGAACGAAAUGGAUGUUUCUUCUGAUGAUGACGAUAAUGAGGACACUAAUAACGAUGAAAAUAUAGAACAAGGGGAACCAGAAAAUCAGGAUAAUGAUGAACAAGUAGAUGAAGAUGCUGAUCCUAAAGGUACAUCGAAUCCAACGCAAGAUACAAAUAAAGAAGAAGAAGAAGAAAAGAAAGACGAAGAAACAGAGGACAAACAAGAGUUACAAGAAAAGGCUGCACCAAGUGCAGAUGAUGCAAGCAAGGAACUUGAUGCUGCAGAACAAAUUGAUGCUAGUAAAGAUGGAUCUAAAGAUAAUGUUAUACAAGAAUCUCAAACAGAACAAAAACAAGAGACACCUACAGAAAGCAGUCAAGAUGACAGUAAAAAUAAUGGCGUUGGACAAUCGCAAUCAGAAAGACAAGAAAGUGGUCACGCAGGUUCAUCUUUAGAUGACAAUAGUUCUAUAUCCCAUCAAGAAAGUAAAUCACAAAAAAUGAGUAAAAGAAAAACUUUAGGCACAGCUGACGAAAAUAGAAGUUUAUUAGACACAAAUGAACCAGAAAUGAAAAAAUUGAAAAUGAUUCAUACACAGGAAGAAAUUUCAGAACAGAAACAACAGGAUCGAUCAACAAACAAAGAUAAAGAUGAUAUUGAUAUGUGUCAACAUAUUAAAAAUAGCGAACAAUUCGAUGAUUAUGCAAUGGAUGCAGCUACCGAAAAUCAAGUUAAACAACAAGCAUCAAAUAUCGAAGAUGAAGAAAAGAAAGAAGAAGAGGAAGAAGAGAAUAUGGACAUUGAUCUUCAUCAGGAUGAAAAUGAAGAUAAUAAAGAAGAGAAUAAUGUACCCAAACAAAAUCCAGAAACAUUAGCACGAGACAAAAAAGAACAAAAUAAGGACGAUCCAUCGGCAAAAGGAAAUACCACUGAAAUGAAUCAAAUGGAAACGAAUGUUGAAGUAGAAGGCGAUGUUGCUCAAACAUAUAAAAUAGAACGUGGAAAUGAUACAACGUUUCAUACUAAUAUGGAUGUAGAGAAUAAUAGUGCAAUAAAUAAUGUAAUAGAAAUUGCUAGAUCAGAUGUUGAAAAGAUCUUAAGCGAAUGGACUGAUGUACCAUCGACUGAAGAAGCAGCAGUUGUAUGGAAUCGUUUAUGUGAAGUCACCGAUUCAGCAGCUCGUGGUUUGUCUGAACAAUUAAGAUUGGUUUUAGAACCUACAAAAGCAACAAGAUUAAAAGGAGACUACAGAACAGGCAAACGUAUUAAUAUGCGAAAAAUUAUUCCAUUUAUUGCUAGUCAAUUUAGAAAAGACAAAAUUUGGCUUAGAAGAACAAAACCUUUUAAACGUGAUUAUCAAAUUGUCUUAGCUUUGGAUGAUUCGAGUAGUAUGGCUGAUAAUCAUUCCAAAGAAUUAGCUUUUGAAUCUUUAUCAUUAAUAAGCAAAGCUUUAACGUAUUUAGAAGUAGGACAACUUAGCGUUAUAAGUUUCGGUGAACGUGUAAGCGUUUUACAUCCUUUAGGAGAAACAUUCACAGAACAAAGUGGUUCAAGAUUAAUUCAAAAUAUGAGAUUUGAGCAAACAAAGACAUCGGUGGGACAAUUAGUUGACUUUACUGUAGAUAUGUUUGAAACUCAAUCUACCUCUUCUGAUAAUGCUAAAUUGGUUGUUAUAUUAUCCGAUGGUAGAGGUGUAUUUUCAGAAGGAACAGAUAAAAUAAAUUAUGCUGUUAGAAGAGCAAAAAUGACAGAUAUUUUCCUUAUAUUCAUAAUAGUGGAUAAUCCAAUAAAUAAGGAUUCCAUUUUGGAUAUAAGGAUGCCUGUAUUUGAAGAUGGUAAAUUAUUAGGAAUUCGUUCUUACAUGGAUAGUUUUCCAUUUCCAUUUUAUAUGAUUUUGAGAGAUAUCAAUAUGUUACCUGAAGUUUUAAGCGAUGCAUUAAGACAAUGGUUCGAAGUUGUUGGGAAGAUAGAUGCUUAAUAUUAAUAAUCAAUUAUAUAUUAAUUAUUAAGUAUGUUUAUGUACA